AAAAGAGGGAAAGACCCAAUAAGCAGCCUGCUUAGCAGAGGAGAACAAGGAAAGUACGGAGGCAAGAGGGGGAAAGAAAGAGGAGAAAGAAAAGUGGCGGAGAAAAUCUGUGAAAGUAAAGUGACAGCUUUUCAUCAAACGAGGGCAGGAACCAGCAAAAGGACCAUGAAAGCUGGGCUUGCAUACUGCUCUCUGCUUGUCCUUUUUCUGAUCGCGGAUGUCUCAGGCCAGCGAAAGCCAAAGCCUGUCCGCCCACCUACCACCAAGAAACCUCCUGCCCCUAAGAAACCUUCCUCCCCUGUCCCAAAACCUGCGCUUGAACCCCGGGAACCCACAGACUUCCCCCCUCCAAUCCUAGGUCCUCCUUCUAUAUUCCCAGACUGCCCCAGAGAGUGUUUCUGCCCCCCAUCGUACCCAAAUGCCUUGUACUGUGAAAACCGCAACCUCCGGAAGAUCCCGAUCAUCCCAUCCCGCAUCCACUAUCUUUACCUGCAGAACAACUACAUUGAUCAAAUGUCUGCAGACUCCUUUAACAACUGCACUGAGCUUAUGUGGAUAAACCUGGGAAACAACCGCAUUCGUUCGGUGGAGAAACAAGUAUUUGAGAAGCUGCCAAAUCUACUCUACCUCUAUAUGGAGAGGAACCAGCUUAAGGAGGUGCCCAAUGACCUGCCGGUUGGUCUGGAGCAGCUUAGACUCAGCCGCAAUCAAAUCUCAAAGAUCCCUCCUGGAGCAUUUUACAAGAUGGAACAUCUUGUACUCCUGGAUCUGCAUCACAACAGGAUUAGUGACAGUGGCUUGAGCAAGAACAUCUUCAAAGAUCUGAAGAACUUGGUUCAGCUCAACCUGGCCCAUAAUAUCCUCAGGAAGAUGCCCACUAAUGUACCAAAUAAUAUCUUCCAACUUUUCUUGGACAGAAAUAACAUUGAGGAGAUUCCAAAGAACUACUUCAAGGACUUUACAAACCUAGCCUUUGUGAGACUUAACUACAACCAGCUUAGUGACAAGGGCAUUCCAAAGAUGGUGUUCAAUGUGAGCUCACUGUUGGAUUUGCAUUUGGCUCAUAACAAGCUGAGCACUGUUCCAGUGUUCAGCUCUGAGCUGGAACAACUUCACCUCAACAACAACAACAUUGAGAGUGUAAAUGGCACAGAGAUCUGCCCCUCUAAUUCUCACAGCCUAAAUGAUGAGGACAGUGCACCCAAACUGAGAUUCCUGCGGCUGGAUGGUAAUCAUCUGAGUCCUCCUGUCCCCCUGGAUGUCAUUAUGUGUUUCAGGCACCUACACGCCAUAGUAAUAUAGAAGAUGUUAUGAGUCAUGAACAGAUACAUGCCUAUGCACGAUCAGGCCUUCCUGUCAACUUGACAGUACUGAUUGAAUCAAACAGUACGACAGAAAACAAGUAAGGAAUUGAGAAUGGCAAUGCAUUUUUUCCUUUAUGUUCAGAUAUGUUUUAAUGUGUAACCUACGAACAUUCAAUGCACCAUAUUUAUUGAACUUCCUGCCUUGAAUACAAUUGAGCAUGAGUAUUCUGCAUUAAGUGUUUAUCUAAUUAUACAGAUGCAGCAGCAAUGACUACAAGCAGAGUUAAAUAAACCCUAAAAAUAAAGGUACAUUAACCGACAUACUGUGCUACAGACGAGUCUAGUUACAACUAACAAAUAAUCAGUAAAAAGGUGUAUUGGUCUAUAAGGGUAAAAGAACAAAGAGGACUAUAAAGAAAACUCUACACUGUACAAAAUGUUUUGUCAAGCAAAGUAAUAUGUUUCUUGAGGUAACCGACAUAGCUGGUUUUAACUGGUCAAAAAUAUUAUUAAAUAUGACUAAACUAACCUGACUACAUUAGGUUACCAAAGAAAAUAUUUUUAAUGGUCAGAUCAGAUAGAAAUAGCACUUUUGGGUAUGCAUGUUUUCAAUUUUUACAGUGUAGAUGGACACGUCAUGGAAUAGUAGGGAAUGAUAAAAGGGGGAAUAAUGUAACUACUGUGUAGUUGAAAAUGUCCUUAAUGUGCCUGUGUUUUUAAGGUACUGUGUUUAGCCCUGCCUUUUUCUUGUGUGAAUAUUUCUGUAUAAAUAAAUGUUCUAUUCCAUGUUAUA